AUGUAUUACAAUGUAAUGCAGUUUUUGUCUACUGGAGGAGCUACAAUCGCUGUACCAUCUACGCCGGCUACGAAUAUCCGAUUGGGGUCUAAUCCAAGUGCAUUCCAAGGUACCGCAACUUGGCGUGAGUACAAUCCUUAUGCCAGACGCCUAUUUGGGAGAACAAUCUUACCAGUAUGCACUGCUACAUACCUCACCAUCGCGCUUAUACUGUAUUUUGCCACCAUAUGUAAUUGGGCGUGCAAAGAUAUCCUUACAUUCGUAUUCACACCAAUUGCUGCAUCGUUGGCCCUACUUGUGACCAUGUGGACUGGCAGUAUGGCAUAUCGCUUGCGGAAACAUCCGGUGGUAAUCAACAGGGGUUUGGUCUAUGUGGUACAGGUUCAUGUAGGAACUCUACUCGGUAUUCCUGUCGUAUGCGUGUUUGCGUUACAACAUGCAGGUAUCUUCACACCGAUUUCAGCCGAAUUGACGAUACUGAAUACGUACAGCAGUUUCUGUACCUUUACUUUUUUCUCAGCAGUGAUAGCACGACAGCGGCAGAUUAUACACUUAUUUGGCCUUUCGAGCUACAGAGACGCGCCGAAGAACAAGUAUAGAAACACAGUGUUCUACAUAGGGACCAUGUACGUUGUGGCCAACAUUGCCAGUGUACUUUUUAUAUAUCUGUGGGGAGAUACUGACUACAGCUACCUACCCGUACUGUUAGUCGACUUCCUCUGCAUGCUGAUGUGGUUUAUCUGUGCGUAUCAGUCACGGCACGCCAGCGCCCGGUUCUCGGACUUCGACCAACUCCGCCGUUUGGUGGUCAUGGUUGGAAUGGGUUUGAUCAUUACGAUCAUAUGGGGCUAUGCGCAACACGAAGCAUUCAUAGUGCAGAGUAUGGUGACCUUGAUGCUGAUGAUUGUCUUCCUACUGGACUCGUACCUCUCUCUCUUCCGCUUUAUCCAAUGUAAGUGGUUGUCUGUUCGCCGAUGCCUGUUUCCGUCUUUAUACAUGUAUAUGUAUAUAUAG